GAUGUGCUACACUUUUUGUUUUCGUAUCUGUUUACAUAUUGGUCAUCGUUAUGUGAUUUGGAAUCUUAGUUGAAAUUUUUUUUAUAUUUAUAUCAUUAUUCAUUGAAAACUAUAUUCAUUCAAGUUUACUCAGAAUACAGGAUGGAAGAAAUUUUCGCAUGUAUUGCUUACGAACCAUGUUUACUUGACUACUCAGAGUUCAAAAAAGUCAAAGAACCUGUGUGGAUAUUAGGUAAAGAAUACAAUAUUCAAGAUGAUGACGACGAUUUUCAAAAAAUGAAUGAAGAUAUUAGAAGUCGGAUUUGGUUUACAUAUAGAAAACAGUUUUCUCCUAUAGGAGACACAUCCUGGACAUCUGAUUCUGGAUGGGGCUGUAUGCAUCGAUGUGGGCAAAUGAUCCUUGCACAAGCCUUUGUUUUACGGUACUUGGGCAGAGAUUGGAGAUGGAAUCCAUCUGAUCCUGGUGAAAUAUAUAAAAACAUUUUAUCCAAAUUUAAUGACACACCUGAAUGUCCAUUUUCUAUUCACAAAAUUGCUAUGAUGGGCUAUUUGAUGGAAAAGAGAAUUGGACAAUGGUUUGGGCCAAAUACUAUUGUCCAGGUUUUAAAAAAACUCAUUGAAGAUGAUCCAGAAACAGACAUAAUUUUGCAUGUGUCCAUGGAUAACAUGGUUAUUAAAAGUGAUAUCAGAAAACUAUUCAGGAGGAAAAGUACGGGAAGCUAUGAUCCUGAAUCACAAAGCACUGAAAAUUCUUGUUCUUCCAUUUCUCAAUGCGACACAGGGGAGCAUUCGAAUGAACUUGUAUCUAGUGAGAAAGAAACUCCUGUUGUAUUGACUAUUCCAUUGAGAUUAGGGCUUUCAGAAAUUUUACCAUCAUUUUUUGAUAGACUGAAGGAAGUUAUUAAACUGAAGCAGUUUAUUGGAAUGAUAGGAGGCCGAACUAAUCAUGCAUCUUAUUUUAUUGGUUAUGUCGGAAAUGAAUUAAUUAAUUUAGAUCCUCAUACUACUCAGCCAUAUAGAGAAAAUGGAAUGGAUGAUCUAACAUACCACUGUGAUAACCCUAGUCGAAUGAAAUUUUCUGACUUGGAUCCCUCUACAGCUUUGUGUUUUUAUUUUGAAAAUGAUGCUGAUUUUCUAGAUUGGUGUGAAAAAGUUAGAAAGGAUGUUUUGGAACCGGAAAAAGAUGCAAUAUUCGAACUCUUAGAAAAGCGCAUUCCUAUGGUGCCUUAUGUUGACAUUGAUGAUGAAGAAGAUUUAUAUGCUCCUUUAAACCAUAAUGAACGAAUCUAUACCUCUGAUGAAGAAUUUGAACUUUUGUGAGAACAAAGAAAUUGUGACAAAAUUAGUGUGCCUUCCAAAGCUUCUAAAGUGUGGAUUUGACAAGAUUUUAUUAAAUAUUGCAUAAAAAAAUUUUCACAUACUGGCGAAAUAAGAAAUUGUAUAUACGACUUGUGCAGUAUUUGUAAAUCAUUCAUGUGUUUUAUAAUUUGUGAAAUUUUUUGUAUAUCUUAUGCUUUAAAGUUAUUGUAAAUUCAUCACUAAUUAAAAAUUAAAGUCAUUUUAUUAUUAUUUUUGUUUCAAUUUUAACUAACAAAAAUGUUUAGAAAGUUAGAUAACUUUACCUUUUAUCAAUAAAAAAUAUAUUUAUUUUUA